CGUGUUCACAAAUAUGAACCAUCUCGUGGUCUCCCAUCUCACUCUUCACUCUUAGCCCGCCGCUGCCGCUGCUCAACCUCUCUCUCUGCCCGUGCGUCGCUCUCUGUCUCUCCAACCACCGGCCUGCCGCUUCCCUUAAGUCAGGAAAGACAAACUGCUAUGGCGGAGAAGAAACAACUGAUUGCCUUAGGUUUCGAGGGCUCUGCCAACAAGAUCGGUGUUGGGGUAGUGACUCUGGACGGCACCAUUCUUUCCAAUCCACGCCAUACUUACAUAACUCCGCCGGGACAAGGCUUUCUCCCUAGGGAAACUGCCCACCACCACCUCGACCACGUGCUACCGCUCGUAAAAUCGGCAUUGCAGGAGGCCAAGAUCACUCCAGAACAAGUUGACUGCCUCUGCUACACGAAAGGUCCUGGCAUGGGUGCCCCACUUCAGGUAUCGGCCAUAGUUGUCCGCAUCCUAUCACAACUUUGGAAAAAACCAAUUGUUGCCGUUAAUCAUUGUGUGGCACAUAUUGAGAUGGGGAGAAUCGUGACCGGGGCUGAUGAUCCCGUUGUGUUGUAUGUGAGUGGGGGAAAUACUCAGGUUAUUGCAUAUAGUGAGGGGCGAUACCGUAUUUUUGGCGAGACAAUAGAUAUUGCAGUUGGAAAUUGCUUGGAUAGAUUUGCUAGGGUUCUCACGCUUUCAAAUGAUCCCAGCCCUGGAUAUAACAUCGAGCAGCUUGCGAAGAAGGGGGAGAAAUUUAUCGAUCUCCCAUAUGUUGUCAAGGGAAUGGAUGUUUCGUUUAGUGGGAUUUUGAGCUACAUUGAAGCCACUGCUAAUGAGAAGCUUAAAAAUAACGAAUGCACUCCUGCAGACUUGUGUUAUUCACUUCAAGAAACCUUGUUUGCAAUGCUUGUGGAGAUCACUGAACGAGCCAUGGCUCAUUGUGACACAAAAGAUGUUCUGAUUGUUGGGGGAGUGGGUUGCAAUGAGCGUUUACAGGAGAUGAUGCGAACUAUGUGUGGUGAAAGGGGCGGGAAAUUAUUUGCUACUGAUGAUCGAUAUUGCAUUGACAAUGGAGCAAUGAUUGCUUAUACGGGCUUGCUUGCGUUUGCUCACGGCAUAACAACUCCUCUCGAGGAAUCUACUUUUACCCAAAGGUUCAGAACAGAUGAGGUGUUGGCAGUUUGGAGAGGGAAGGAACAUUCAGCUAAAGAGGUACUGUAAGGGCUGAUUAAAGACUUUUAUUUAUGGUUGUGAAAUCCUUUUUUGUUUUUUUGGCAUAAUUUAUCCGGAGAAUAUGUUUGCAUGCCGUUGUUAAAAUUUGCCCAAUAACUUAUUGGGAACAUUUAAGAGUGGAUCAAUUUCGAACCAAAUAAUUGGCGCAUUUGGAAUGGAAAUUGGACAAAAUAAACUAAAAUUACAGAAUUAUUGAGCCAAUUUCAG